ACACAUCCCUUACCAAUCUCAUUCAUCAAGUUCAAGCCGACUUAUACUGCAGUCACUCUCUCUUUUGGCAUUCAUCGCAUUUUAUUUCACAAAAUCAGGAUAGAGACUUGAAUCUACAGCCGCCACGAUGACUGAAGCGGAGAUGAGUUCCAGCUCAAGAAGAAUACUGGCUGUGGCCCUUGAGAAUGAGACAGCAGUUUUGUCAAAGUUGGUCAAAGACCUCACAGGAUCAGCCCCAGAAUCACCAGAUCCCUCCCUCGGCAUCGCAGGCACAACUCAUAGCCUCGCUCUCAAAACACCAUACUAUUCCACCACAGUUCCCAUCUGGCUUGAUCUCAUCGCCUCACCUUCUGAAUGGUCAGAGUCAUUUCUCUCUCCCGAAGCCGCCGAAGUGCUCGCCGUGUUAGGAGGUGUAGUAGUAGUCUUCACCGCAGGUCCGAUUUCAUCGUCAAAGGAUCACCCGGCAAAGGAACUAGUAGAGCACAUCGGCAAAGUCCUGAAGAAGGGACUAGGAGGGUGGGAGUGGGAUGGCGUAGGACUAGCUAUCGGCGUGGGCGGAGAUGGGAAUGAAGAAGAAUGGGAUGAGAUCUGCGCAGAGGCUGGAUUGGAGUUUGUGUCUCUUGGUGGAAAAGGCGAUACUGGUCGUGACGAAUUUGGCGAAAAAACUGGUGUUGCACGAGUAAAGGAAGCCCUCGAAGCAAAUGACUGGUCUCAAAUUGAAGCACCACUCUCAGAUUCCGAGUUCGGCGACUUUGAAACCAGCUCAGCCAAAGCAGACGAAGACGACAAAGAAUUAGAUCCCCAAAAGAUGGGAUUUGGCUUUGACAAAACAGAUUUUGAAGGUCUACGACGCGCCAUAUGGGAGUCCAGCCAGGAUGUUGAAGAACCCUCAGAAUCCAGCAAGGCGGAGACUAGCAAGGAGGGUGCUUCUGGGGGAAUUGGGUUAGAGGACCUGGAUGAGGACGAGAUCGCCAAGAUCGAGAAGAUGAUGAGAAAACUCCAAGCUGUAAGGGAAGCCGGCGAGGGGAUGGGAGAGGAGCAGAGGAAGAGAAUGGCGGCCAGGGCUGUGGAGGAGGUGAUGAGGGAUCUCUGAACUGGAAUAGGCAACAUGUGAAUCUCUUCAAGACGAAAUGAUUCCUGAAAAGAACGAUUGGCGCGUCGUUUCCAGAGCAUGAUGGACUCUAGUCCUCUCAUACCUGUUCAAUGAUGCCCAUACACCACGCUGACUGCCAGUCUGAAUACCUGCCAAAGCUGAUACCCCCACGAGUGGCACGAUAGCUAACCUUGAUCUAUAUGCCGAGUCCUCUGCGGCCGUCAAGGCAUCGACAUAGCACGGCUCGCUUACCGUGCCGUUGCACCAUAGUCACAUCGUACAACUCAGAUCGUGAUCCACGGACUGGGUCUUACGUAGUACAUAUCCAAUGCUGGCGAGACCCUUUGGCUGGUAUGUAUGAGACCCAAGUCUCAUGGCAUUCGACAAGCACCAUGAUAUUGGUAACCCGAAGUUCAGACACGCCUCGGUUCAUUAUAAUCUGUACAAACCUACUGACAGUGGUAACACUGAGUUGGAAAGUCAAAGCGUGUUGCAGUCUCGGUCCCACAUGUCUUUCCAGCACAGACACCUCCCAAUUUAGACAAUAUGCAACGCAUCGUGGCAUCAGGUAACCCGCUCAACCUUGUGCUGUUAUGGUAAAGUUUUUGUAGAUCGGCAUGGAUCGUGACAUCCAGAUCACCGGACUCAACACCUCGGUGACAUGCUCAAUAGCUCUGUAGAUAGCUUGGUGGUCUUGGGCGGUGUCGUAGCAUAUGCAAGGGAGAGAUUCUGAGAUUCUUCCAAAAGUCGCGGGCGUCGACUAAUAUGUCAUAGCUUGUUGUUGGUAAAUAAACUUGUCCCCUAUCUUAAAUGGACCGCUUGAAUUGACGUGACUCGACUCAUGGAGUUGGCGAUCGAUUAAACGGGGUCAGAGACCAAGUGAGGCCGGAAAGAAGCGACCCCGGGUCCAAGGGUCCACCGGUGAUGUUGGUUAAGCCAGAUUGAGACUGCGGUUGAGUCAAUAGUGAAUCCAUUGAGAAAAGCCAUGCCAUGAUAGACGACGUCAAAGAUCUCAGACGCCCCAUUUUGUUAGUCUGGUCCGUCCCACAACCCUUGUUUGGCGCAUGUUGACCAAACAGGGGAGCGACUCACGUUUCAGCGCGUCUUGCUAGGUAGAAACGUGAACGUGCUCAGCCGGGGCUUCAGCUGUCCUUCAAAGCGGUGCAGCUGAAGGGCAUGAUGCUGAGAGUCCCAUACCGGUUAGUUAGCAUGAGCCGCCAAGCUUGUCAUGUUACCAACAGCGUCUGAGAAUUCGUAUCAUUGUCAUGCCAUGUCUGGACAAGUUAUUCUUAGGAUCUAGGGAUGCUCUGAAGGGAGAUAUCUCCUGAGUGGUGCAUGCCAACUCUGCAACAGAUGGUGAGGACUGCAAUCAAGUGGUCAACAAACGCGCUCGACGCGCUGCCAUCCCCGCCAUGGAUGCAUAUGCAUAUCGUCUCCAGUAUGAACUUUGCCGCCAUUGGUAGGAUUUGUGAUUCGUCAUGCAGGUUGUCGGUUGGACUUUUCGGAUUUGGUCAGAGGAUUGAUAAGUCAGUUUGACUGCGGCCAUGGGUCGGCCAAACUCGAUCGACAGUAGGGUUUGUCGAACGGUGCUCAUUCUUGUCUGUGCUUUCUGACCUGAGAAGCUGGGAGUAUGAGAGCAAAAGUCUCUGGUGAUGAUGUGAGACGAAUAAAUAUAGCAAUGGUUCUUUCGUGGUGCAAUUGGCUCAAUUGUUCGUCAAGAAUCCUCAAGCUACUUCGCGGUGUUGCUGUCAAAAGCAAAUCCACCAACCACAAGCUCUCGUGUGAUAUUCCGACAUUUAUGCAAGCACAAUUCAGUGGGCACCGACUGCGAGUCUCAUGGCUGCAUGCUCCCAGCUUUACUUGGUGAACACAAUUGCCUCGAAUCAAACCCCGAAAAGCCCAGAGCUCAAAGAAAAAGAGAGCGAGUUUAGGGCGAUUGACCCCCUAGACUUGAUCGGGUGAGGUAAAACUCCAACACUGGUGGACCCAAUGGCAUGUGGCCACUGGCGGAGACAUGGCUCAACGCUGGUUGGCUCUGUAUCAUGCUGAUCCUGCAAGGUACCAUGCCCCAGAUGCACCUCCAGGGGUCUAAGUCAGGGGUAGCGGUGCCAAAACUGGUAAGUACCAAGCUGACGAAGAAAACAAUUCAACAUGCAUCUCGUGUUUUCUGAUCUAUCAUGUCGGAUCUUUUAUGUCACUCCGGACGCGCCCGGGAAAAGACUCGGAUCCGGCAAAAGAAGAGAAUCAGUGUCUCUGAAGCACCAUUUUCCUGUCGUCCAUCAAAGGAUGUUGUGUGUGUCAAUGCUUCAUGCUUACCGUAGUAAGGGCGAGACUUUUCGUAUCACAGCCACAACCGUUGAGGCUUUGUUAUGGUUGCAAAGAUCAGAGCCAGAUGGCGGUGGCCGUAGGACCGUUCAUCGCUGAAGCCGGUAGUCUCUGAAUAGUUUCAUUCUGCUUCCCUUCAAUACCCUAUUCAUUGUUAGCUAAGUCGGAAUAAUCUGGUAGACGCUAAAGUUGCCAAGGCGCGACCGACUUUUGGCCCCAACGUCAGGCUGAUUUUGCUUGAACAAGCGUCGAUCGCAAGUGUUUCGCACAAGAGAACCACGAGAAAAGGGGUCAAGAGAGAAGAUCACACAGUAAGCCGUGUUGUGGCCCACCAGAUGACGAUGGAUUGAACUACUGCAAGAACAGGGCCUCAGCAUACACACCUCUCACAACAGAUCCCGAACAUGCAAGUCUUUCACGCCGACGAGACAUGCCGUGGCGUGGUGGCAUUGCUGUGGUACGAUCCUUCGCUGGAUCCUUUGAUGCAGGUACGAGUACAAUUCAGGAAAUCCGUGUCAUACUUGAAGCUACCGAUGAUAGCGGAGGUUUAUUUCUGAAACGAAAGACAGAGUGUAUGACGAUAAACCUGACUUCGAAAACUGUAUUGUAGCUUGCUUUGUAAAAAUGUUCUCUGAAAAGAACUAAUGGAUCCAAAGAUUCCGCAGAGAAUGUCAUCGUGUUCCCCUUUUUGGAUCACCCCUGCAAUUGUCGACAUGGGAGUUGUCGGAACGUGGAGCCAGCAGAUCUGACGAGAUUGUUGAAGAAGGAUGAGUCAGGAUUAACGAUGUGACUGGCGAGGCUGACUAGCAUAAAUCGGCAUCUUGAUGGGAAUUGGAGAUGCAAUUGUUCUAACAAUUUUCAUAACUGAAUAACGAAAAGAAGCAAUGAUCCAAAACCAUGGGUUGUGUUUCUCGAACUCUCGAAACCAAUUGUGGAUCAAGGGAAGAGUCAAUUGGCUGUGCCACUUACCAUUCAACAAAUGCAACCACAAUUUGCCAGCAUCAGGGAAAGAUAUCCCAUCUUCUCUAAAGAUAGUGCUGAAAACCGAUAGAAAACCCCCAAAGAAGUGCGACAUAAGUGAAAACCAUUGGGAAUAGAGUAUUAUCGGGUAAUUGAAGGGAAUCCAUACUGCCCGUACCCGCAUAAUGGAGUACCGGAUGACAUUGCUGAAGUCCCGAGUCAAUUCUGGCCUCCCAAGACUGGACUGACGGCACGGAUUUUCGGCGACAGUCAUACGUACCGGUACCCUUCGCUAACUGAAGACAUUACGUCAGAUGUAGUACAGUAUCAGGGCGGUUUGAAGGUGCGAGGUUGAGAUACGUGGCUGAAGACACAGAAAUCUCCUGAAGUUAUGGAUUUGCUAUUCGCAACCGAGGGAAGGGUGGGAACACGUGCCAUAUGUUUGAUCUUCGCAUUGCUCAUGCGUCUCCUUUCAGUAAAAGUUUGGGAUAUUCACAUCGAGAGGACAGGAUUCGGGACUUGAAGAACGUUAGGACUAACAAGACAGACCAACAGCAGGGGCCUGUUCGAGACGUCAAUUGCCUGUUACCAGUCAGCAUGCAGUCAUUGGGCCAGUUCGAAAUCUUGCGGGAUGAUAAACCGAUGGCUCGGGAGCUUGACAUUUGUCUGGCUGGCUGAGUCUUCCGGCUGUCAUGUUGCGGGUCUGAUGAUCAGCAUCCAUCAUGACAAGUCCGACCAUCAAGCGCGUCAUGUCGUAUUGGUUCCUGUAACCUUGACAAACAGGUUCGUCCGGUCUGAUUCGAGCUGACUUGAC